AUGGAGAUAUCCGAAAGGAACUACAAGUACGGAGUGACUGGUCCUCUUUCGAUGAAGGAAAGUACCGAGAAGGAAAUGAAGCUAUCGGAGGAGAUGGACAUGUAUCUGCAGGAGCGGGGAUUCUUUGAGGAUGACAAGGAGGGCCAGACAAGGGAGAGGGUGCUUGGAAAGCUCAACUUCAUGGUGAGAGAGUUUGUGGCGAGGAUGGGAAAAGGCAGGGGAAGUGGGGACGGCGAAAAAGCAUAUGGGGGAAAGAUAUUUACAUUUGGAAGCUAUAGAUUGGGAGUGCAUGGAAAGGGAACAGACAUCGACGCCUUGUGCAUUGUACCUAGACAUGUGACAAGAAACGACUUCUUCACUCACUUCUAUGAGGAAUUGAAAGGAGACCCGAAUAUAAAGGAAGUUACAAAGAUAGAGGAUGCAUUUGUACCAAUAAUUAAAUUCGAGUUUCAAGGGAUUCCAAUUGAUUUAGUCUUUGCUAGGCUUAAUGUUCCCGUUGUAAAGGAUGGAAUCAACUUGCUCAACGACACGCUCCUGAAGAGCAUGGAUGAGAAAUGCAUUUUGUCACUGAACGGUUCUAGAGUUACAGAUGAAAUGCUGAACCUUGUUCCAAAUGUAAAUACUUUCCAUUCGGCACUGAGAUGCAUCAAGUAUUGGGCCAAGAGAAGGUGUGUAUAUGGAAAUCCCUAUGGAUACUUUGGGGGAGUUGCGUUUUCGCUGUGUGUGGCUAGAGUCUGCCAGCUAUAUCCGAAUGCGUCGUCCUUUUCCAUUGUCUGCAAGUUCUUUGAGUUGUUUUCAUCAUGGAAAUGGCCCACACCUGUGGUCCUACGUCCAGUGGUGGAUCUCAACUAUAAUCUGAAGGUAUGGGACCCAAAGGUGUAUCCCUCUGACAAGUAUCACAGGAUGCCGGUGAUAACUCCUGCAUAUCCUUCGAUGUGUGCAACGCAUAAUGUGUCGAACAGUACCCAGCAUGUGAUUUCCAUGGAGUUUGCACGGGCUCAUGAGAUUUUGUCAAGUCCCGAGAAAAACGACUUCAGAAAGAUAUUUGAUCUAUCUGAUUUCUUCUCCAGGUAUAAGCUCUUUGCCGAGAUAUUGGCCAUGUCCACCGAGGAGGAGGGCUUUCCAAAGUGGGAAGGAUAUGUGGAGUCGAAAGUCCGAAUCCUUGCGUCUAAGUUUGAAGCUGUUGACGACAUACUCUAUGCCAUUCCGUUUCCAAAGGCAUUCAGAGUUGCAGAGGAGAACAUUGGAAAGAUCAAGUAUGGAAUGCAGGACUUAAAGAAGUGUACGGCAUUCUUUAUUGCAAUUGAUGUCAUUCCUGUGAAGGGGAAGAAGGUGGUAGUGGAGCAGCAGGUUAAGGAGUUUGUGGAUUUUAUGAAUGAGUACGAGGGGAAGGAAAGAUCCAUGAGGAUUGAAAUCAACAGUCUGAAGAAGAAGGAUGUUCAGAACUUCCUGAGGGUUUUCUAUGGAAAGGAGAACCUGACGAGUGAUGAGACUGGAAAAAGGAGAAGGGUUGAAUGA